AUGGCGGAUGAUGAAGGUGGAAAAGACACUUUGAGGCAGUUCGUAGAGAAUGAGUGUAAAGCCCAAGCCCUCAGAGUGAGUUGAUUUUGAAAUUUAUUGGGUUUAAAAUAUUGCGUCUGUGAAAUGCACUUCUAUGGAUGUUUUUACUAUAUUUGCUUAAAGGUUUUUAUGUAAACGUAAACUUUUUUAGGUUUGGUUGCAAUAAUGUAAGAUGCUUAAAUUUGUUAUCAGCUUUAACUGCUAUGAAAAGACGAUUAUGUCCUGGGAAAGGGGUGGGUGCCCUUAAAGAUCAUGAGUAGAAGUUCUUUUUAAUAAACCCUAUCUAGCUAUGUCUUGUUACGUGCGCAUGCAAAAACACCAAACAUGUAUAGUUUCCCCUCCUUUUUAGCCACCCGGUACAAACUCUGAUGAUACAGCCUUAGAUGCUGAGAGAAUGAACAGAUUUUACCAGCGUGCUCUGAAUGAAAGUGAAAGGUAUGUAGUAAACCCCAGGAGGGGUACUCCGGAUUUCAAUUCAAGCGAUGGGAUGAUCGAAUGGGGGCAAAAAUGAAACCCAAAAAAAGUCCCGAGGACUUCCAACAAAACCCAAACAAAUCCCUAGACCAAAAAAUUAACCCCCCAAAAAUCCCAUGCUGAAUUUCCGAGCCGUAACAAUUUCAUUAGAAAUUAAAUGUUUGUGUUUGUUUAUUCUUCAUACCAUCUGAAUCUUAAGAUUGCUUUGAAUACUCAAAAAAAUUCCCUUUUUAAAUCAAGCCACCCAAAAGAAAACCUUGCCAGAUUUUCCUACCCCCAAAAAUCUCAGAACCUAAAAUUUCAUAACCACUACAGGCAAAGCCUAUGGCCUCUGUUCUUUGUUAAAACAUUGUGUUUAAUAUUCGUUGCCAAUUAUCUGUGUUUGGGUCUUCGAAAAUGUCCUAUACCUAAGACCUUACUUAGGCACAAAGGAUACUUCCCUUAUCUGCAGCCUGGUUGACAUCCACAGACUUAAUUAAUCUUAGAUAGAUCCAAUUAGACUUUAGGAAGACCCAUGAAAGGCAGCCCUGUAUUAUAAAAAUGGCUGUUGUAGCUGUCAUUCCUUUACUGUUGCAAGUCUUUGGAGACUCAAGAAACUAAGGUGUCCCUCACUCCCCCUCCCUCCACUGAACCCAACACCAACCCCACCCCCCAACUCCAAAUAAAAAAAAUCAAACUUUUUUUAAAACAAAAUAUAUGUGUAGCAGCAUCAUGCCAAGCAAGACUGUAGCCUAAAAGCAAGUUCUUAAACUUCUUAUUAGAGGAAAGGGAAGAGACGUUGAUAGAGAGAGAUAGAAAGAGAGAAAUAGCGAACAACAACAAUCUAACCAUUUACCAAAAAAAUCAUUCAAGCUAUAAACUUUAAUCCACUCUAUUAUUUCUGCUGUUUUGUGUUUUUCUCUUAAUCAAAACACUCUUGUCCUGCUCCUAGUAUUUUUCGCCUUCCAUGUAAAGAAUAAAAGCCUUUUUUCUUUCAUUAGAAUGAGCAAUGAAGUCACAAAAUCUCAAAAACAACGAAGUGAACUUCACAAAGAGCUUAGUAAAGAUAUGCUUGAGAGUUGGACACAAGAUCAUGCUCAGGAGGUUCUCUGUCCUCAGACAUAUGAACUUUGGAGUAAAGAGGAGGAAAAAGCUAAAAAGGUUUUACAGGAGCUAGAAAAAGCCUCCAUAAAUGACGAUGAAAGUAGUGAUGAUGCAUCUCACUAAAGAAAUGACUCAAGUUUUAGGCUUGAAGGUAAACACGUGAGAGUUUCCUGUAUUUUUACAGAGAGGAGUUGAUGUCUUGCAUUCCACACAAAUUAUAGUGUUACAGAAGUGUUAAUGGACUGACUCAAGAACAUUUUUAGUAUAAACGGGACAGAUACAACCAUAAGGCAUCAGAAAUGAACUUGUGGACUAGGGGCCAUGCUAAGUUAUUCUACUCGCAGUCAAAGUUUAGUGAACUUCAGUGUACAGAACUAAGCUGUUUACAGAGUACAGAUUAAACCGAGAUUUCAAAACCUGGUAACACGCGAGACUUCUCUUCAACAGGGGAUACAACAUGUAUCCAAAUCUGUUGAAGUCUCUGAAAUAGAGAUGCCGUAAACUGAAGAUAUUUUUAAAUGCUGGAAGUUUACUAGCAGCUCAUCAAUGUUUGAAGGAUGGCCAUGUAUUUAUAAGUCGUAAUGUUGUAUUUUGUGUGGGUGCCCUGUGGUUCAGGUACCCAUUUUAUUUCCGUAUGUGCAGACUGCAGACCUUUUCUGCUUCCAAACAUGACAUGAUCCUCAGAUCUUAAAACUUUAGUUCUGAAGCAUUGUUAAAUAGAAUACCUUGAAGACCACCGCAUUCAAAAUUCUGUCUCUUUUCCCAAACUUCACAGUACUCAAUAAUCUACAAUCUUGGGCAAAAUGUUUUAUGAAUUUUCCACUUUCUCACCCACAGAAAGCCUAUACCAGGGAUUUGGUACCACUAUACCCCCUCCAGUCACCCUUGCAUGGUCAUUGUUGUUCAGUCAGG